CCAAAAUCAACGACGGUGACGGACGACGAAGGUGAUCGACAAUGAGUGACCGAGAAAUGGCUUUGAGUUUUUUCUCUGAGGUCUGUGCUCCUUCAGAAUUUGAAGGAAUGGGUGUUUGUAGUAGGUGUGGAAAAGCGAAUGGGUCGUGUAAUGGGAACAGUUUGUUGUUCUUUGGUUACUCUGGAGCGUUUCGUUGUCUUGUGGGGGGAUUUGGGGAUAUUGCCUUUGUUAGAAGUGAUACUGCUUUGCUCUACUCCAUGGAAGGUCCUCAAAACCAGUCUUGGUCAACAAAAUCUGUUAGAGGUUUCAUGUAUCUUUGUCCACAAGGGGGUUGCAGAGAAAUCAAUGGCUAUCCAGGAUCCUGUUCAUUUGGAACUGUUCCUGCAAAUGUGAUCAUGGUGAGUAACACCAUUCCGAAUGAGAAGAAACGUUUUGUUUUGCAAACGUUGCUCAAAGACACCUGGUUUGAUGAUCUUUAUGCCGCAAAAAAUGGAGACAACAACCUACUUAGUACAAGGUAUUAGGCAUUUAGGCUUUGUUAGGACAGUAGUUAUUUUCUCUCAAAGUUUGAUCAUAUGUUGAUGCUUGAGUAAAUUUUAACAUGAAUCUGAAGAGUAAAAAACUCAAAGAUUUUCUUUAUUUAUUAUUAUAAUUAUUAUUUUUACUUCUUUUCUGUGUAGCAUGCAAGGGUUAGAAGUGGUCAAGAGGCUAACAAGGUCAUACCUAGGAAAAUCAGCUUCGAUUUCCCAAAGCAUACAAGAAUUAAAUAACACAAGUGUCUCAGGUAUAACUCU